UCGCGAUAAACGAGGGCUCGCUGUAUUUGUAUUUGAUAAGUUGGACUCUUGCAAUAAAAUGUUCCUUAGUUAUAGACUAUUUUCAUUAUUAACUAUUGGUUAGUAACUAUUUCAUACACGCAUAUAGCGUGACAUUCUGUUCCACCCUUCUGCGGUCUUUGCCCUUAUCUGGCAACCCCCAGAAAAAAAAACCUAAACACGCCCUUCUCAAAGAGAGAACGGAAUAAUGGCGAAAAGAUUAGGUAAGAGAAAAAUUGAUUCAGAAUGCAGGGCAUUUAACCUGCAGUGGACAAACGAUUAUUUUUUUGUUCAAUGCAAAGAAAAGGCUGUCUGUCUCAUCUGUCAAGAGGCGGUGGCGGUAUUCAAAGAAUACAAUCUGCGGCGACACUAUGAAUCCCGCCACAAAGACAAGUUUGCUAGCUUGCAAGGCCAAUUGCGAGCAGACAAACUCGCGAAGCUAAAAAGUGGACUGUUAGCUCAGCAGAAUACAUUUGUACGCCAAGCUCAGCUGAACCAGUCAUCUGUUUCGGCCAGCUUUCGGGUUGCUCAACUAAUAGCAAGCAGCGGUAAACCUUUUUACUGAUGGAGAGUUUGUCAAGAAAUGCAUGAUCGCUGUCGCGGAGGAGGUGUGUCCCGAGAAGAAAGAUGUUUUUAAUGCCGUGAGUCUAUCAGCGAGUACAAUCACCAGACGCAUUGAACAAAUCGGUGAUAAUGUAUAUGCCCAGCUGCAGCAUAAGACGAAAGAAUUUGAAUUUUUUUCAUUAGCACUGGAUGAGAGCACGGACGUGCAGGACACCGCGCAGCUGCUCAUUUUUAUUCGUGGAAUUAGUGCAAACUUUGAGAUGUGCGAGGAGCUGGCAGCCCUCCAAAGUCUCAAAGGGACUACGACGGGGGAGGAUAUUUUCGGCAAAGUGUACCAAACCAUAGAAGAGUUGGGCCUCGACUGGUCAAAGCUGGCCAGCAUCACAACUGACGGGGCUCCUAGUAUGGUGGGCGUGUCUCGGGGUCUUAUAGGACGCAUGAAUCGGGAGAUGGAAGAACGGGGUCUCACCGCCCCGCUACAAGUCCAUUGCCUAAUUCACCAGCAAGCACUGUGCUGCAAAGUGUUGACGUGGGAUUCUGUCAUGAAGGUUGUGGUGUCAUGCAUAAACUUCAUCAGAGCAAAGGGACUUAAACACAGGCAGUUCCAAGAAUUCCUGUCUCAACUGGAAUCUGCGCACGGAGAUGUGCUGUACUACACAGAGGUCCGAUGGUUGAGCCGGGGGAGAGUUUUGAGGCGUUUUUACGAGCUGCUACCUGAAAUUAACGCAUUUCUUCAUACACAAAACAAAACAGUGCCAGAGCUGAGCGACCCAGAAUGGAAAUGGCACCUUGCAUUUUUAAGAGACAUGACAGAAACGCUGAACAGCUUUAACUUGCAGCUACAAGGCCAGGGGAAACUCAUUUGCGACAUGUAUUCCCACAUAAAAGCAUUUGAGGUGAAACUAGAGCUGCUUUUGGGACAAGUGAAAAAGCACAGCUUCAUCCAUCUCCCUGCUACACAAAAUCUCUCUGCAGAGAAACCAGCGGUCCCGUUUCCAGCUGAAAAGUGUGUGGAAGCACUGGAAAUGCUGAAGGCGGAGUUCGGUGUGCGAUUCCGUGAACUACAUGUUUAUGCAAAAGAAAUCCGUCUUUUCCAGAACCCCUUUGUUGCCGACAUUGAGGAAGCCCAGCCUUCUUAUCAGUUUGAGUUGGCCGAGUUACAGAACUGUGAUGUUCUGAAAGACGCGUUCAAGUCCAACAGUCUCAUUGACUUCUAUGCCGCCCUCCCAAACGACACGUACCCUAACAUCAGAAAACACGCAAUGAAGAUGUCCACACUUUUUGACAGCACGUAUAUCUGCGAGCAAACAUUUUCAGGCAUGAAACUGCUGAAAAAUUCAAUGAGAUCAAGAUUGACAGAUGAACAUCUGCAUCAGUGUUUGAGACUGGCAGUGACUAGAAUGGAACCUGACAUUCAACUUCUCAUCAGCCAGAUGCAGGCCCACAGUUCACACUGAUGAACAUACAAAGGGAAGUUGAUGAGAGAGAGAGAGAGCUGCAAACAGCGACGUCUACAAGCCUGCUGGAACCUACAAAAGGAUUAUAAGGAAGGAACACAAGAACUUUGAGAGAUUUAUUUCAUAAAUAUUAUUAUUUAUUUCCUGGCUUUUUUCUGUGAAGAACCCAGAGAGGGUUAUUUGAUUAUUAUUUAUUUCAUUAAUAGUGUUAUUAUUUAUUUCCUGACUUUUGUUCUGUGAAGAAUCCAGAAACGGUUAUUUGAUUGUGCUUUCUGGAAAACAAUAAAUGUUUACGUUUAGGCACUCCUGCAAUCGUCACAUUUUUUCUGUUACAAACUGACCCCGGCCCCCCAUCAGAGAAGGGAAAAGUUAUGUGGCCCUCACAGGAAAAAGUUUGGGGACCCCUGGUGUAGAUGGAGUUUGUCGAAUUACACCAGACAUUGUAUUUGGCUUUACAAGUAGUCGGUAAAAAUGUUAAGAUUUGAUUUGUUGAUUAACAGAAGCUUUUUGGCGACUUUUCAGACUGUGUCAGAGUCUUACUGCUUUCCAAUACAAAUGUAUUUUGUCAUCUGCAGUACCUACAUAGAGCCCCUAGAUGGCAUAUUUGUUCAUCCAUCCAUCCAUCCAUUCAUCCAUCCAUUCAUCCAUCAAUCAUCGUCUGCUUAUCCGGGCCGGGUCACGGGGGGAACAGUCUGAGCAGGGACACCCAGACUUCCCUCUCCCCAGACACUUCCUCCAGCUCUUCUGGGGGGACCCCAAGUUGCUCCCAGGUGUGUCCUAGGUUUUCCCCUAGGUCUCCUCCCAGAGGGACAGGACCCGAG